AUGAUAAAACCAAGAACGGACCGCCCCGUCGUCGUCCUCGGCGCCGGUGUCCUCGGUCGACGCAUUGCAUGUGCUUUCGUGGCAGCCGGAUACAACGUGCACAUCCGUGACCUAUCACAGGAUGUACUGAAAGAAGCAAUGGCGUACAUCGACAUGCACAAAGAAGAGUUUCGCUUAAUGCCACGCUCCAGCAAGGUCAAAGAAAGUACCAAUGGGGACGACGGUGAAACCAUGCCAUUCGGCAAUUACAAGACCUUCAAUGAAAUGAAGCCAGCUGUUUCGAAUGCAUGGCUUGUUAUUGAGGCUGUCCCCGAGAAGUUGGAUCUGAAGAGGGAUCUAUUCGCCGAAGUUGAUGCUGCGGCUCCAUCGGAUUGUAUCCUGGCUUCGAACAGCUCAUCGUUUAAGUCCAGGUUGAUGAUCCCAAAGGUUUCAGUUGAGCGCCGUAAGCGUGUGCUUAACAUGCAUUUCACUAUGCCGCCGACUAUCCGGACAGUGGAGCUCAUGACGGAUGGAGAGACAGAUCCAGAGAUCUUUCCAUAUCUGGAAGAUGUGCUGGGUGAGUGUGGGAUGAUUCCAGUCACCGCUCGCCGGGAGUCAACCGGGUUUAUCUUUAACCGUUUGUGGGCGGCAGUUAAGCGCGAGAUCCUCUACAUCCUAUCGGAAGGUGUUAGCGACCCAGCUGAGAUCGAUCUGCUCUGGGAGCACAUGUUCAAGAACGGGCCACUGCCUUGCCAGCUAAUGGAUCAAGUCGGGCUAGACACGGUCGCCUUCAUUGAAGACAACUACGUGCAGGAGCGCGGGCUUGACGCUAGACCGACCGUCGGUUGGCUGCGCAAAGAAUAUAUCCAGCGAGGCAGGCUAGGCAAGAAAAGUGCCAAGGGUGGGUUAUACCCACCUCUGUCUACCACAGCUGAGGCCAAUCAAACCAAUCCGCACUCCGCGGCUAAGGAAGUUUAUCUACUGGAUGUUGGUCUAGGUUCCAAUGUGUGCGAUGUUACGCAAGUGCACUCCAGCGGCAAGAUCCUGCGCUUGGAUCUGGCUACCCAAAAAUUAACGCCCGUGGUCGUCGGCCAGAACCUACCGGAUGGAAUAGAUGUUUCGCUGCCGACACACCGGAUGUUCUGGACGAACAUGGGCCACAGCACAGCUUCUCGUGAUGGGUCCGUGUGGUCGGCAAAUUUAGACGGGAGUGAAAUAAGAUGUCUAUUGCCUACGGGAAAGGUGCACACGCCUAAGCAACUCGUUGUCGACGAAACGAAGCAGCAGGUGUACUUCGCCGAUCGCGAAGGCACUAGUCUACACCGAUGCAACUUUGAUGGUAGCAGCCAUGAGGUUUUGAUACAGAACCGUGCACGUCCAAAUGCUAGCCAACUAGAGCGUAUGGAACAGUGGUGCGUCGGCAUUGCUGUCGACUCCGAGCGUGGCCUGCUCUAUUGGACGCAGAAGGGACCCAGCAAGGGCGGCCGGGGUCGCAUUUUCCGCGCUAGCAUUAACAACCCAGAGGGCGAGACCGCGGACAGCCGCUCUGACAUCGAGCUGAUAUUUGACAACCUGCCGGAGCCAAUCGACCUUGAGCUUGACUGCGCGAAACAAAUGCUGUACUGGACCGAUCGGGGUGAGCAUCCCACUGGGUGUGCGUUGUAUUGUGCAUAUGUUGGUGGUGGUGGUGCUACCGACUUGCAGAAGGUUAUUCUGGCGCGCCAUUUCCAUGAGCCCAUUGGCCUAAAGCUGGAUAGCCUCAACAACAGAGUGUAUGUGUCAGACUUGGGGGGAAGUCUGUACUCGGUGUCGUUGGAUGGCAGUAUGAAAACGGAGCUGUUGCGUACUGAGGGGUGCUAUACGGGGAUUACUUUGGUUUAG